AUGAAGUUCAACAUCAUUGCCCUGGCAGCUUUGCUGACCACUGCCGCUGCUCAAGGUCUAGGUGACCUGCCUGACUGCUCGAAAGACUGUGCUACUGGUGCCAUUCCCCAAAGUUGUGGCAUUGACUUUAAGUGUAUCUGUGAGGCCAAGUCCUUCCUGAACGAUGUUUCCUGCUGUGUAGCAGACAAGUGCUCCAAGGCAGACCAGGAGACCACCCUCAAGGUCGCCAAGUCGAUCUGUGCCCGUGGCGGUGUGACCAACCUUCCCACCGAGGUAACCUGCUCCAGCAGCAGCUCGACCUCCAGCUCCAGCUCGACCUCUACCGGAGCCAAGUCUGGCACUGAGGCGACGGCCUCGACCUCGACUGGUUCGACCUCUGCGUCGGCCUCCGAUGCUUCUACCACCAGCGCUUCCAGCACUAGCUCCGAUAGCUUGUCUGCAUCCUCUGCAUCCGCUGCCGCUACCAGCACUGGCGCUGCCAUGCCUGCUCGCAAGGAUUCUUCUCUUGUGGCUGCUGCAGGUGCCGCUGCCGCUUUUGCAAUCCUCAUCUAA